GUACAGCGUGCUUUGCAGGGAGGUUGAUGUGGAGCCAUGCUGCAGCCCUGGGAGGUGGUGGUCCUAGAAACAGCAUUCUGCCCACAGAACGAGUCUGACGAAUGAAUUUUGUACUGUGCUCUACUUAAGGAAACAAGCAGCGUGCAGCCGCCCCUGCCCGUCGAGGCAGCGCUCCCAGGCUCCCCCGGGGCGCUCGGCAUGAGGAGAAUCAGGGCUAAUGCCAUCGCCAUCCUGACCGUCGCCUGGAUCUUGGGCACUUUCUACUACUUAUGGCAGGACAACAAGCCCCGCUCGGCGGCUGCCGGCAGGUCCGCCGGAGGCGGUAGCGGCGGCGCCCGGAGCGGGCAGAGGGCGGCCGGCAGGCUGGAGCUGCGCCGGGAGGAGAGGACCAUCCCCCUCAUCAUGACGAGGGCUCCCCCAGGAGAGAAGAACAGCCAGCGGGCUUUUGAUGAGAAGGCUUACUUGUCCUCCAAGGUGCUGAAGGCUGGAGAAGACCCCUACCGCCAGCACGCUUUUAACCAGCUGGAGAGUGACAAAAUCAGCAGCGACCGACCCAUCCGGGACACCAGGCACUACAGGUGCACUUCUGUACGCUAUGACACUGACUUGCCAGCCACCAGUCUCAUCAUCACCUUCCACAACGAGGCGCGAUCUACCCUGCUCCGCACGGUGAAGAGUGUUCUGAACCGCACCCCUCCCAGUCUCAUCCAGGAGAUCAUUUUGGUAGAUGACUUCAGCUCAGAUCCUGAGGACUGCCAGCUCCUUACCAAGAUCCCAAAGGUCAAGUGUCUACGAAACACCCAUCGAGAAGGGCUGAUUCGCUCUCGGGUGCGAGGAGCUGAAGUAGCAGCUGCUGACAUCCUCACCUUCUUGGACAGUCACUGUGAAGUCAACAGCGAGUGGCUGCAGCCAAUGCUUCAGAGAGUGAAAGAGGAUUAUACCCGAGUGGUGAGUCCAAUCAUUGAUGUUAUCAGCCUGGAUAAUUUUGCCUACCUGGCAGCAUCAGCAGAUUUGAGGGGAGGGUUUGACUGGAGCCUCCACUUUAAGUGGGAACAGAUUCCUAUAGAGCAGAAGAUGUCCAGAACAGACCCAACUCAGUCUAUAAGAACCCCUGUCAUAGCAGGAGGCAUCUUUGUGAUUGACAAGUCCUGGUUUAACCACCUAGGAAAAUAUGAUACUCAAAUGGACAUCUGGGGAGGAGAAAAUUUUGAGCUCUCUUUCCGAGUGUGGAUGUGUGGUGGCAGCUUGGAGAUUGUUCCCUGCAGUCGAGUGGGACACGUGUUCAGGAAGCGCCAUCCCUAUGACUUUCCUGAGGGCAACGCGCUGACUUACAUCAAGAACACCAAGCGCACAGCAGAGGUGUGGAUGGAUGAAUACAAGCAGUACUACUAUGAGGCCCGGCCAUCGGCUAUUGGCAAGUCGUUUGGAAGUGUUGCAGACCGGGUGGAGUUGCGACACAAACUGAACUGUAAAUCCUUCCAGUGGUAUCUGGAGAAUGUCUACCCUGAGCUCAAGAUUCCUGAAAAAGAGUUGAUUCCGGGAAUAAUUAGACAAGGAGGAAACUGUCUGGAGUCUCAGGCACAGGAUAUCACAGGGAAUGUGUUGGCUGGCAUGGGAAACUGUAAAGGGACCGUGAACAAUCCACCUCUCACUCAGGAGUGGAUAUUCAGUGACCCUUCAAUUAGACAGCAGGACAAGUGUCUUUCCAUUGCCUCCUUCUCUACUGGUUCUCAAAUCACAUUGGAAGCUUGCAAUCAAAAAGAUGGCAGACAGAAGUGGAAGAUGAAAGGCAGUUUCAUUCAACACUUUGUCAGCGGUCUCUGCCUGGAAAACCAGACUGGAAGAGUGGUGACCAGCCCCUGUCAAGCAGGUGUACCUGGCCAACAGUGGGAGCUGCUACAAGCAACAUGAUGGUACUGCCUCCUUCCUCCCUGCUCCCACUGUGUGUGUGCAGCUUUCUUGCAGUUCCUUCUUCAUAACCACUCUGGGACCAGGACCCAGCUCCUCUGCAAACAAUGCUCCUGACUGCUGCAGACCACAGAAGCUCUGCUUAUUUACAGUCUCCAGGUUCUGGGCCAGCCCUAAUUCAAAGGGCUCUGGUCAGCAUGAUGACUGCUGCCCUUGACUGUGUGUUUAGCUCCCAUGCUGGAGGUUGCUGACUGCUCCUGGAGCAGACAUACCUGGACUGGCUGUGUUGAUUUGUGCCUCUCUUCCUACUGCCCUCCUGGCAGAGUGUGAACUGGCAUCCUUCUUGGGCUGUAAGCUGGGGCUGCUGAAGAUGGGACACUCUCCUUCUUCAGGUGUCGUGGCCUGGGGGAGGAAAGGGCAAAGGUGGACAUAUGCUAGAUGUCAAUAACUCAAAUUGCUUGUGGAGUUUGGAGUUUCAUUUUUUAAUUCUACCUGGUUUUGGACACGUUCACUUGAGGUCACCUCCCAACUACUCACUCUUCUGUCAGCUAAAGCAUUGCUUUAGCUCAACACAGACCUCUCCAGACAUCAUCUUUUGGAAGCUGUUAGUUUCCAAUGUAUUUUAGCAGUUGCUGAAAAGGAGGUACAUUACAAAUGGCUGCUGUCAAGUGUGGGCAAACUGAACUUCUUCUUGGAAUAAACAAAGUCUUGUUCAAACUCAGUAUUAACAUACUCUACAUUUCCUUUGCACUGAAGGGAAGGAAGAACAAUAUUAUCUCUACUUUUUUCCUCAAGGACUUCCUCCUGUUUACUUUAAACAGCCCCCUAGACUGUCAAGACAGAGAAUUUGCAUUGGUAAUACCCCUUAAAGAAAGCUGUUACUGUAUCAGAGCAUCCAAUGUAAUUUCCUGUGCUGUGAACCAAUGGGAGUUUAUUUAAGAGGAGCUGAAUCUACUGUUGUACAGAAAUCGGAUUCAAAAGGUUUCUUUUCCCCACUCAGUUGUAAGUUGCACUUUGCCAGAUGUAAUUUAUGUGGAACCCAGAUUAGUUUUCCUUUUUCUUCAAAAAAAAGCAUGUGCCAGAAUCUGUUUAAUGCCUGGAAUAAAAUCCAUUUUGAAAUAAG